AAUGCAUCACAAAAGGGGCGGGACCCCAGUCAAAUAGCUUCCGUUCGUCACGUUCGAAGCGGCGUGGUGAGACAAAGUUUGCUUUUUGGUGUUUUAUUGGUCCAACUUGACCCCCGGACACGCUCGCUCCUUCCCCGCGUCCUGUCGGCGUCAUGGCGGGCAGCUGGUGGAGCAGCACGGCGGUGAGCCACUGCCUGACGGCGCUCUUCGCCAUGGGAUCCUGGAUUUCCGUCAACAGUUUGUGGGUCCAGCUCCCGGUGAUCGUCAGGGACCUGCCCGAAGGCUGGAAUUUGCCGGCCUAUCUCUCAGUCCUGAUAGCCUUCGGCAACCUGGGUCCGGUGGCGGUGACCAUCACCCACCACUGCGCGCCGGGCCGCCUCAACGAGCGCCUGGUCAUCCACUUCAUCCAGGGGCUGGCGGUGGUGGCGUCCGCCUUGCUGGCUAUCUUCUGGUGGCACAAGGUGGCGGUGGCCGGGCAGGAGAGGUCCGUGCCCUUCUUCUUCUUCACCUUCGUGCUGUCUCUGGUCUGCUGCACGUCCAACGUCACCUUCUUGCCGUUCAUGUUCCGCUACCCGCCACAGUACAUCCGGACCUUCUUCAUCGGACAGGGCCUGAGCGCUCUGUUCCCGUGCGUGGUGGCUCUGGGGCAGGGCGUGGGCAAGCUGGAGUGUCGCAGCGUCAACGGCACCGUGCGGCCGGACUACCUCAAGGAGCAUUUCCCGGCGCAGAACUUCUUCUGGUUCUUGUUUGUCAUGUUGUGCAUUUCAGCGCUGAGCUUCCUGGCUCUGACGCGCCGUCCGGUGCCUUCGCAACAAGACCACGCCGCGGCCCCUGCGGUUAAGAACGUGGACGAGACUGACCCGCUGAGCAACGGCGGGUCGCAGGCGUCCGAUGAGCUGGCGCAGCUGGAGAACUCUGCUCCCGCUCAGACCUUUUGGACCGUGCACAACAUCUACCUGUUGGCGCUGCUGGCCGUCUCCAACGCCCUCACCAACGGGGUGCUGCCCUCCGUCCAGAGCUUCUCCUGCUUGCCGUACGGCGCCAUGACCUACCACCUCUCCGUGGUUCUUGGAAACAUCGCCAACCCUCUGGCCUGCUUCGUGGCCAUGUUUGUUAUCCUGAGGUCUUCGGCAGGUCUGGGUCUCUUGUCUUUGGCCGGCGGGGUCUUUGCGGCGUACCUCAUGGCUUUGGCCGUCCUCAGUCCAUGUCCCCCACUGCAGGGGAACUCUGCUGGGAUGGCGUUGGUGGUGAUCUCCUGGAUCGUCUUCACGGGCCUCUUCUCCUACCUGAAGGUGGUGAUCGGCACUCUGCUGCAUGAGGCGGGUCACGCCGCCCUGCUGUGGUGCGGCAUCUCCAUCCAGGCGGGCUCCCUGCUGGGCGCCCUGGCCAUGUUCCCGCUGGUCAACGUCUACGCUCUCUUCACCCGCUCACAGGACUGCGUGGACAACUGCCCCAGAUAAGACCUUGUUUUUUAUUUUUUUUUUAAAAGGCUCCGAUGUUUAUUGGUGCGGGUCCAGAAGCGCUACAGAAAAAACAAUGAGAGCAUUGUGUCGGUUCCACGCCGACCGAGGGGCUGUAACAUGCCGUACAACCACGAGAACCAACCGGUCCAUGUGAUGUUUUUUUUGUUUUUUUGUUUUUUUACUCAGGGAAUCAAUCUUCCUCACUCAUCAAAAUACAAUCUGCACUUGUAUUGAUGUGAACAGCUGUGAAUUGACGCGUGCACACUUAAAUAAACCACAAUUAGAUGCUGAUAAUGGAUGUCGGUCCGAUAUCAUUAAAAAAAAACAAGUGUGAUAGAAUGUGUGAUAUCGUCCGAUACAAGCCGUCCUGCAACGUGUUUACUUGUGCAAAUGUACACUACCGUAUUUCCUUGAAUUGCCGCCAGGGCGCUAAUUAUUUUAAAACCUCUUCUCACUCCGGCGCUUACCAAAGGCAUGCGGUAAAUUUAGGCUUGCGCUUAUAAAUUUGAGUGUGAUGUAAGGAUACCAUCAUUGAAAACGCCCAUUUAAUUAAAAAAAACAACGUUAUUAUGGUCUUACCUUUCCUUAUAAAUGAAGUCCAUCUGCAGCUCCUUCUGAUCAAAAGCAUUGUUUAUGGAAGUCUUCCUUAUCUUUCUUCAGUUUUAAAAGUCUCUCUGUCUCGAUGGAGAUCUUCUUUUAUUACCUCCUGCUUUGAUUGAAAGUCCAGUUUAAGAAACUGUUUUGUUUUAGAUGUGUAAAAAUACUCUUGCUGCUUGUUGUCACAUCUUCUGCAGCCGAGUAGUCGCAAGAAGGAUCACUAGCGCCCUCUACCACCAGGAGGCGGGAGCCAUUUAAUGACUCAUAUUUGACACACGCAGCUACGGUAUAUUAAUAAAACACGGCUGCUUACUGUUCUUUUUAGCAUACUCAAUAGCUUGGACCUUAAAUCCUACUGAAUAGCUCUUAAUCUUCUUCCCUUUAUGCGAUUUCAAAUGAUUGAAAUCAGCCUCCUCCAUUUUGAAAAUGAUGACAGGUGAAGUGACGAGUUCGACCCGGCAGAAAUUCUAGGCAUAUGCUAAUUUUUUGGCGAAAUGAGUUUGACCCAGCGGAAAUUCUAGGCAUGCGCUAAUAAAAAUAAUAUUUUGCGAAACGAGUUUGACCCGGCAGUAAUUCUAGACAGGCGCAUACUAUAUACCCGGCGCCAAUUCAAGGAAAUACGGUAUUUCCUCUAUAAGUCAUUUAGAAAAAGUAAACAUGAUUUAAAAAAUAAAUAAAAUAGUAAAAUCACAUUGAACACUUAAAAAUAAGCUCUGGAUAUGUAAGAAAGGCUUCUUAAAGUGUAAGAAAAUAUAAAAAUGUAAACGGAGGAGCCUGAGAAGAACCAUUUUGUGCAGGUUUAGUGCCAAGUAGGUGCAGUUGUCCUUGCCUUGUGUCAUUUACAGACCACGUUGGUCUGACUACGGUCUCCUUUUUUGAAAUUUUUUUCUGCCAACUGAGCUUCUAUUUUAGUUUUUUUUCCCCCAAUAUCACCUUUUCCCCCCAUCUUCUUUAAGGAGCGCCGUGAGUGGCGGUCCUGUUCUUGUCUCCAUGUAACGUAUGUCUGCUCUUAGUGGGACUGUGUCCAAAAUGUCAUUUCAGUUCUUUUAUGUCUUGUACAUGUUAAAUAAUUGACAAUAAUAAAGCAUCCUGAAUAA